AUGAGUUUGGAUCGUGUCAUUCAGGAUUCUGACGAGGACGAAUCCUUUGAGGGAGAUGACCUCCCCACCUCUGUCAACCCUCCCCACCCCUCCGAGCCCGCAUUGCAGCAGGAAUAUCAACAGGAAUAUCAGCAUGCCCCCGCCGAACAGACGACCCACAAUGCAGUGUAUGAACAUGGUCCUGCUCCUGAUGAAAACAUGUUCCCACAAGUGAAUGUAAAUUUCGACGAGUUUCUCCAAUCGCAAGAACAGGGCCAUUCAAUGCUAUCGUCGUCGCAGCAGCGACGGGAGGACAGAUGGAUCCCCUCAACCAGUGAAGGUGGGAGUGGGUCGGUCGGCGUUAUGAUGACCGAGAUCGGACUCGCGCAGAGAAGACUUCUAGACGACGACCCUUCAAGUGCAAGCCUGCCGCUCCCUUCUACGGCCGCACUGUACUCGACAGAAUCAUUUCAGUCUGCGCCAUUCCCUACCAUACCAAGUUACCACUCGUAUGAGAUGGGUCCACCAGAGAGUGGCAGCUUCGCAUAUAAUCCAGCACCCAUUGGCGGCCACGUCGAUGCAAAUCAGACUUCAUUGCCCCCCAGACAGGGUAUCUAUGAUUUGACUUCUCAUGACACUACUAACGCAAUGGCCUUGCCUCCGAAAAUUGUCCCUCACCAAACUACUGAGCCCUUCAUGGAACAAAAGAAUCCAUACCAAAACCCACCCCAGGAAGUUUCACAGCCCAAAUCUCAGCAGACGGGUCCCAAUUCUCCCCAUGACACUGAGCCCCUCUCCUCCGUUGCAUCCAUGCGAUUUAGCGAAGCAAUUACCACUACCGCCGGAACCAGUCUCAUUUCCCCGCAGCAAUCCCAGUCAACCACGCACGACGAGCUUUCUCUGCCAGCUGUCAUAUCAACUGUGCCAGGCGUCGAAACGCCCGGCGCAAAGAAAAAACGAGGAAGGCCCAAGAAACAACCCGUACCAGAUAACGACGAAGACGAUGAGCUAGCCAACUCACGGGACCACGAGUUCAAACAACCUGGCGCAAAUGGUGCGAUUGACCCUUCCGAUAGCGAAGAGAUCACGGAAGAUGACACCCCGGCCUCGAGUGGCGUCUCCGGCGAGACUGACGAAGAUAAUCUAGAAGCAGCCCUCAAGCCUGCAAAAUCAGGACCCAAGGAGCCGAAAAAGAAGAAAGCCAAAAAAAGCAAGACGACACCCGCCCCCAAGCCUGAUGCCGAUGACGACGUGAUAUGGAUGGAUACGAAGCCUCUCAGCGUGGAGCCUUCAACCGGGAGUGCCACUCCACAGACAGAAAUUCCAGAGCCCCCAAGACAGGAUCUAGACUCCAAUGCUAUGGACUCAAACCCGCCUGUUGAUGUACAGACACCGAUUCCCGCAGCCGAAGAGAAGAGCCAAAACGCCCCAAACCCCGAAAAACCAGCACCCAAGAAACGCGGACGCAAACGAAAGCAGACGAUUGAGCAAGCAGAAACACCAUCAGAGUCCGCAGAUACACCCGAACCAAACAAACCGGCCUCCGGAACCCAGACUCCUGCGUCGAAGUUGGCCGUCAUUGUUGAUAAUAGUCCCAAAUCCAUACUGGAAGCUAACACCAGCAACAACGACGCAUCUGAUAUUCAAAGCAAGGACCAGAACCCCCAUCCACUUCCUGCUCCUGAUCCUCUCCCUGAACCUAAAAUUGAUACCCCUCAACCUCAGACUCCUUCGAAGCCUGAUGCUGCGUCUGUCAAUACACCGCAGAACGCAGGAAAGGGCCCGGAUAAGCAUAGUCCCAUCUCGGCGCGGAGCGGGGUGCCUUACCGCGUUGGGUUGAGUAAGAGGGCGAGGAUUGCGCCGUUGCUUAAAAUGGUGCGGAAAUAG